AUGACGACUGGAUUCGAUGGAGGAACGGAGUUCUAUCAGGUGGUAUUUGAGCCCUGUAUAGCCCCAACCCAUCGUGUUUCACCUGGGGACACGAAAAUCCCACAGGGAGCAUGGCAAGAAGAAGAGUCACUGGAGGUGUACAGAAGAAAAAGGACCCAAAGGUCGUUACACGUUCCUUCAGUCCCUUGCUCACUGAUCUUAAUUUUUACCUCUAGUUGCAGGCCAACGGAAGGUGCACCGGAAAUCGUUCGUUUCGUGAAACGACAUCCGAGGUGCGCUGAGGAAAUCUACGAAACGGUGCAACCUCGACGUGAUGGUCGAAAAGAAAUCAUUCUUCUCGAGCCUGUUCAAAUCUGCGACCAUCCUCCUGAUAAUCUCUAUGACGACUAUUCUCUUUACAGAAUGGAAGAGUAUGUCGACGCGAGCAGUAGGGUUGAACCCGACACAAAACGAUCCAAAGAACAGUUGUCUCAUAGAGAGAUCAUCACCAAAACGAUGCAAUGGCUAGAACAUGGGGAGAUCUGUACCCGUGAGAAGGAGCCUGUUCUUUACACGUUGACGAAAAGCGAAAAGGAGCAGGAGACACGUGGUAUAAGUGAAAAAGAAGAGGAACCCGUUCUGGAGUAUCUUUCUCCAGCGAAAGAGGUCGAAGAGUACUCUCUCGUUCAGGAAAGUCAUGAGCAAAUGCAUAAAGAUGUCGAGACGACAAGCAUCCGAGAUCGUGUUAGCGCGACUCCUACUCCAUUCGAAGUCUGCCCUUAUCGUCCACCUCUAGCUGCUGAUGAAACUGCCAGUCGUGAAGAUGUUUCAGGGAGAGCUCCUUCUAGAAACGGACUGGAGACUCCAUAUCGUCAUGGCGAAAGGGAAGCAGAGCUCACAGCCGAAACACCUAUACUGGAUCGUACCAUCUACUAUGAACGUGAAGUCGUUCAAGGCGAGAAGACCCCGGAUAGAGGGAGUCGGCAUCCAUCACGUCAAACACUCGAUGUCGAUGAUGAGAUCUCUCAGACAAAUCGAAGAGUGGAUAGCGUGCUUCAGGAAUAUGGCCCCGCUGCACCUCGCAGUCCUCAACCAUCAGUUCAGAGCUCUGUUCAGGAACGAAGAGUUGAGGAACGGCGCAGUUUCGAAGAAAAGAUGUCUUCGAAAAGAGAGCACAUCAAAAGAGUCGAGCGCUCACUGGAACCACCCAAAGCACAUUCGGAAAAGCGAGGCUCAUUCGCUGCAGCGGAAACUGGCCCACAAAGAUCCAGGGAUUCCAGUUAUGUAUCAGAUUAUAGGAAAUAUGAGCGCUCUACAUUCGGUAUGUUGCAUAGGAGGAUGAUUGCAUUUUUCGCUUUCAAAUAUUCGGCUUCCUACAGACCACCAUCUCGUCCACUUUCAGAUGCUCGGAGCACUCAUACAGUUUCAGAUCGCUCCGGUCACAGCCAAUAUGGUCGUCAAAGAGACGGUAUUCGCGAACAUGAAAAAACCCUGAUGCAUGAACGGAAAACUNCGCGAGAUGUACCCAUUUAUACACACGCACCACCUCGUCACGAUGAACCACCACCUCGACGUAUUUCUACAUCUCAUGCCGGUGCACCUCCUUAUCGAAAAGAUGUCGACGGGGAUCGUCGCCCUCCGAUCACUGAAAUCAUAACAACAGAACGAUUUGAAAGAAUCGAAAGAGUUCGACGACGAUUCCCUGCCACAUCUGUCUAA